UUAAGAAUACAUUCCAAUAUGUUGGAUGUGGAUACAGGGAUCGUAGAAGAAUGGUUAUCAGAAUUCAAGACAGUACCAGAAACAUCUAUAGCAAGUUAUGCUAAAAAUUUGAAAGACAAGAUUUCCUUGGUUUCAUCUUUAUAUAAAGUUAUUCAAGAUCUACAAAAUGAGUUGCUGGAACCAGUCUGUCACCAGUUAUUUGAAUUUUAUCGCAGUGGUGAGGAACUUCUUUUGCAGUUCACACUUCAGUUCCUUCCAGAAUUAAUAUGGUGCUAUCUUGCUGUUUCUGCUAGUAAAGACCUGCAAAGCAGUGGCUGCAUAGAAGCACUUCUACUAGGAGUUUACAAUUUGGAAAUAGUUGACAAACAGGGGAAUAGUAGGAUCCUAAGCUUUACAAUUCCAUCUUUAUCUAAACCUUCAAUAUAUCAUGAACCUUCCAGUAUUGGUUCAAUGGCUCUUACUGAGGGUGCUUUAUCUCAACACGGCUUAUCCAAGGUUGUAUAUAGUGGACCUCAUAUGCAGAGAGAAAUGUUGACAGCUCAAAACAGAUUUGAAGUAUUGACAUUCCUUUUGCUGCGAUACAAUGCUGCCUUAAGCUAUAUGCCUGCGGUUUCUCUUCAGUCUUUAUGUCAAAUUUGUUCAAGAAUCUGUGUUUGUGGAUACCCUCGCCAGCAAGUAAGAAAAUAUAGAGGCAUAAACAGCAGAAUUCCAGUCUCCUCUGAAUUCAUGGUGCAAAUGUUAACAGGGAUUUAUUAUGCUUUUUAUAAUGGAGAAUGGGAUCUGGCUCGCAAAGCAAUGGAUGAUGUUUUAUACAGAGCACAAUUGGAGUUAUAUCCAGAACCUCUAUUGGUAGCUAAUGCAAUAAAAGCUUCAUUGCCUCAAGGUGCCAUAAAAUCUAACAAAGAAGGUACUAAAUGUAUUCAGGUUGAAAUUACUCCUACAGCAUCGAGGAUAUCAAGAAAUGCUGUGACCAGCAUGUCUAUUCGGGGCCAUAGAUGGAAAAGACAUGGUAAUGAAUUAGGAAUUCCAGAAGAAGAAUUAAUAGAAGUAUCUGAAGUUGAUGAAGGCUUUUACUCUAGAGCUACUUCUACUACAAGUCAUUCUAUUUCAUCAAAAAAUAGCAGCAACACCAGUAAUAAAACAGUAAUGAGCAAGAGUCAACGAAGGCCUGGAGGAAACAAAGCUGGAGGAAAAGAAAAAGAUAUGAGUGUUGAAUCCUACAAAGAACAUUUAUCUCACAAGCAAAAUCAGCGGGCACUCAGUGAAAAUCUAGAACUUCUCUCUUUAAAAAGGCUGACCCUAACUAGCAGCCAGUCCUUGCCAAAAUCAGGGAGUCAUAGCUUGGCUAGAACUAGCACUACUCUUUUUAGUAAAUCCUUUGAGCAAGUCUGUGGUGGUGUGAUCCCAAGUAAUCAUAAUGGCACAGAAACAAAUAGGCUUUCAGUGUGCAGUUUGCAAGAAGGGAAUCUGAUAUUUGAAACUGAAAGAAUAGAUCUUAUGGUUUCAAACAAACAGUCUAAUCAGCAGCGACUACCUACUAUCAGCAUUACUGUCUCAACAGACCAAUAAUCACCUAACUAAUGUUGCUGAGUAGAAAAGAGGUCAUUCAAUGAUGAUACCACAUUUUAGGAUCUUUCAAGCUCUUUUUUAGUCAACUAAAUUGCUUCAAGUUACUUUUGUUUUACAAUAGUAAAACCUAAAUUAUUUCAAUCAUUAAAUGUUAAAAUGGAAUAGAAUGGAUCAUUCAGUAAAUACUUUACAGUAUUGAUAUUUUAAUAUGUGGGAAAAUUUAGGAAUUCAUUUGCUCAGCAGAUAAGUUCUAUUGGAAAAUGAUUCUGUGAUAUUCCUCUAUCAGAUGAAAUCUUUAAUAUCAUUGUGCUGUUUCUGGAUGCUGAACUUUUAUUUCAGUCAUUAUUAGAUGUGGCCUAGAAUUGGCUUGCCAAUUCCAUUCUUAAAAGCAAGAACCUUCUUCCUUUGGCACACUGAAAAAGGUUAUAGUUUAAGUAGCCGCUGAUAUUUGAAAAACAAUAUUCAGAUCUAUGUACACAAUCUGUUAUCGAUAAAAAAUUAAUGUGUCAUUAUUGUGCCAAUACUGAACAAUGUGUGUUCAAGCCACUAUUUUCAAAUUUUCAACUUUUAAAAUAGCUACGGUAUUCCAGUAUACACAAAUCUUUUCUGCCUUCAAUAACAGCAAUGAAUAUUUUACAGUAUACAGCAUGCACAUAUGUUAUUAUUUUCUAAUAUCAUGAAGAAAAUAAUAUUUUUUUUACCUUUCCACCAUCCCAGCCCUAGACUGUUAAUACUUUGUGCUGGCCUAUCUUGAUUUGAUUGAUCCAGCUGCCAAGAUAUAUUUGCUGUUGCAUUUAAACCAUCACUAAAAUGGGUGUAAUUCAGUGUUUGUAUAAUUUUAUGUUUACAGGCAGUAGUGGUAUUGUAAAACAGUGUUUUGGGCUUAGAAUAUACAGUAGGUCUUGGCAUAGGUCUAAAAUACAGUGCACAAAGAGAUCAGUUGGAAGAGGAGAAAGUUAUUCACCUUCUUUUCAUUUGGAAUGGGCUACAGUUCUACUUUUAUAAUGCCAGUGAAUUCAAGAUGAUUAAGGUGACACUUAUUUUCUGGCAUUAGGGUCUGUAACUCAAACCCAGGAAUCAAUACUGAAUCUAUUUUCUUCUCAAGUUGAACAGAGAUAUUCAUCUAAAAUACUUUAGCAUUUUUAAGUGGAAGAGUAGUGUGGAUUAGAAAUAUUUUUGAGUUUGCUCCUUACUUUCAUUAAACUGGUUUUAAAAUUGCAUCACAUUAAAUCAUAAGCUUUACACUGUAUGGGAAAUAGUUAUUAUGAUAACAGAUGAUACAAUAUUUUGGAAGGAAAAGAUUUAGUUUUGUCUUCUAAAAAUACAAUCUGGCAUUUUUAUUUUUGCACAGCCAUAUUGAUAAUUUCCCCAAAUUUACACCCUCCUUCCCCUCUGAUUUCAGCUAAUUAAUUAAUUUAUAACAACUUUACAGGGGAUUAAAGAAUGUAUAUGAACAUUGGCAUCACAUUCUAGUGCUUCCUACAUGUUCAUGAAUCUUUGAAUCCUCGUGCAAGAAUAACACGGCUUAUUUUUAUUCCUCCCCCCCACUGCUUUUUGCAGUGUUGCUUUUCAACCAAAACACUUUCUAAUAAAGAUUUUAUAUUUGUUUUUAAGCAAGAAGCAGCUUGAUAGUUUUUAUAUUAACUGUACCAUAUAGUUAGAAAUUCUAUUUGUAUUCAAAGAGAGACUUUUCAAUUUCCAGAGACCCAAUUUUUUAAUAAAUAGUAGGAGCUUUUUUUUGCAAUUCUUUGUAAUUUACAUUUUUUGGAACUCUUUCCGUUUUCUGAAAUAUCUGAAAUUUAAAAUGGACAAAACCUAACUAAUUUUAAUUUAAUUUUAUGAAAUUUCUGAGAUGCUUAUUAUAACAGUAUUAAUAGGCUUUAUCCUUACAUAAUUUUGUACGUAUUUUAUGGUUUACUAGUAUUGUAUUAAACAUUGAUUUUGAAGAAUUAGUUUCUGUGCAGGAAUAUACAGCCAUUACUGAUGAAAGCUAUUUGAAUUUAUUUUACAGUUCAUUAUUUAAAAUUCCACAAGAUGGAAUUAAAGUAUUUAUAGUACUAAAGUUUUAGGACUCUAGAAAACAUUUUUGUUUUAGUAUAAAACAGUUUUUUUUAUACAUUCAAAUAAUUUAGAAUUUCCUCAAAUGCUACUACAGAUGAUGGAAUAAAAAAAUCUAUAAAGUUAAGUUGCUUGAGUGUCUUUGAACAAGGAUAUGUGACAGCUAUCUAUUCUACAUGGUAAUAUAAAUAAAUGUAUGGCGCAUAUGCAUAGUUAAUUAUAUUUAUGCAUACUCAAAAUAUGAAAGAGUAGAAACCCAGAAAAUAUGAAAUAAUCUUAAUAUAUACAAAAUGCACAGUAUAUUGAUACUAAUAAAAAUGCUUCCCAUAACUUUGGAAAAGCACAAUGAAAUAUUUUAGCAGAAUAUUACUGAGGUAUUCAUAUUUGAUUGAGUGCAAUAUGAAUAAUUUUUUGUGAUUGACAUUCUUGGUUUUCAUAUUUCAAACUGAUAAUGAAGUAAACUUUUCUGUGGUACAGUAACUGUAGACUUUUGUAAAGAUCCAUUUCUAUUUAUUAAAUAUAUAAAUUAGUUCUGUGAAUUUUUCAAUAAUUUGCCAUUUACAAGGACGAAUACCAUUUAAUAAACUAUUAAUAGUAUAAAAUAAUAAUAUGUGCUACCCACUUUUACACUAUACACUUGUGACCAUAUCCUGUUUUAAUUACAAAGUGUUUUUUGUAUUUUAAUAAAUGAACUGUUCAGUUUAAGUUUGUAUUUCCAUGAUAACAUUUAACAUUGAUUUACUUAGUUUGCAAAUAUUGUUUUCAGUUACUGAAAUAGUUUACAUUGAGGAUGAUGAUGAUGAUGUAAGUACCUGUCACAUUGGAUUUGACCAGUAUUGGAAUUGCAAGUGGUGGUAGACUAACCCACUUAGUCACAAUCCCAAUAAAAA